AUGCCAGAUAGAGAUGGUAAAUGUGUGCAUGAUAUACUUAUUGAGUGGGGUGCUGAUAUGUUUGCUACGGAGAUCAAAAAAUGUGGUGAGAUGUUGCAGCAUCACCAUUGCCAACCUGUGUGCCAUAAAUAUGGCAAUGUUGAUAGAUGCAGAUUCCUUUUCCCCCACGAAGUUGUAGAUGCAUCUUACUUUGAUCCGGAAAGCAAUGCCAUUGUUUUAGUCUGUCGUGAUGGUACCAUGAACUAUUUCAACCCAUACAUACUCGUUUUUUGUCAACACAAUCAUGACUUGAAGUGUAUAUUGUCCGGAAAAGGUGUGAAAGCUGCCAUGUUUUAUAUAUCAGAUUAUAUCACAAAGAUGGAUGUUAAGACGUGCGAGAUGCUCUCGCUCCUCUCAUGCAGUGGCUCGUUUGCCUGA